UAGUUGUCUGCUAACAAAUGUUAGCCAUGCUAAGUUAAUUUACUAACGUCGUUUCGCUCAGCUAGGCACCGUUAGCAUGUUAGCUGGGUUAGCAAAGCUUCACAAACGGCUGCACCACUCUUCAAUAUCCAGCCCCAGUUUAUAUUUGAUACCCGGGCUCUUCAAAUACAAAGCACCGAGGAUAAAGGUAGGCCUGCAGGCCCCUAAAAUGAAAAUAAAUAACAGGCAAUACUGACCAGAAACCCGGCUCAAUAUUAGACACUGCUACACAACCGACCGACAAGUCUCGUUGUCGACCUUCCAGUCGGAUUUAGGACAGGAUAUAUUUCCUGAACCCCAAGUUGAUCCAACUAAGUUGACAAAAUAUAGCGAACCGACUCGCUCACACAAUAAGCGAGAGACUGAAUUUACCUGUUUCUUUUCCACUCUGACACCACUGAGCGCUGCGUCACGUGGUUUACAUGGCGCUACGAGGAAACUGGACCCAUCACAUGUGAUAGCACACUAACAUAGUUUAAUAUUAUCAGCGAGGACAUGACAGGUCAGUGGUGGGGAUGCACUUUACAGAUAAUAAACUACUACUACGAUUACUACCUCUGGUUGUCAUGAUAACUUCAUAAAUAUCCAUUAUUGGCAAUUAUUUUGUUGUAAAAUGCUUAUAUAAUGGUCAGAAGUUAGGCCGGUAAAUAUGAACAUAAUUUUUCACGUGUGUAUCCAAUUAUUCUUUAUUUAUUUCCCGUUGCUUUAUUUAUUUACCAAUUUCAUGUUACCUUUAAAUCCUCUAUUAAUUUGUAAACAAAUAAUAUUUCUGUUUUAAUUUUACAUUUCUGUUUUCAUUUUUAAAUCGAUAUUUAUAUACAUUUUAUAUAUUUAUUAUUAUAAUGUAUCAUUUCCCCUUUGUCUCCCCUCCCUUAACUAUUUAUCCAAAUGUAUUUAUGGCUGAAUAAUCUUGCGUUCUCUGUUAGGUCCUACUAACAUGGUUAUUACGGUAAUUCGGAGCAUCGGCAAUCAGUUGAUGCUGUCGCCUUGCUGCUUCUAGCUAGCACAAGCUAAACUGCGUACUUCAUGCUUGAUGUCGCUAAACAUGAUGAGGCGUAUCACUACGGUUACUGAAUAGUUUCCUUUUUAGAAACAGUCGUGCAAACCUGUUAAACAAUUUGUUGUCUGUGCACCAUUGACCAUUAUAUUCACAAUGGUCAACCGAACGAUAGCGCCCAAGCUAAUGUAGCAACAUAAAGUUAGGUUCAUUGUUAGCCAGUCAGUGAGCUAACUGACCUGUAGAAAGACUGCACACUGAGAGAUAUCAUGGCAGAGUCAUUAUCAGGGGUUAAUGUCGUUCUGGUUAUGGCAUAUGGAAGCCUGGUGUUUGUGCUGCUGUUUAUAUUUGUCAAAAGGCAAAUCAUGCGUUUCGCAAUGAGAUCCCGCCGAGGACCACAUGCACCUAUUGGCCACAAUGCACCUAAGGGUUUGAGGGAGCAGAUUGACUCCAGGCUGUCUAAGGUGCAGGAGAUCCGCUUCGAACCUCGUCUCUUAGAAGAAGAAGAUGAUAGGCUGAAGCAAGGAUCCCAGAUCAGUUGCUACAACUACCUGUACAGAAUGAAAGCUUUGGAUUCAAUCCGUGACUCAGGAAUUCCUCUGCAGGAGAUAAGCCGCUGUCCCAGUGCGUUUACUGGACGCAACUUCAGAAGCUGGCUGAUGGAGUUGCGUAACUCCCACUCUCUGAUAAAGAGCAGCCGCAGCGCUCUCAUUGACCGUUUACUUGAAGGCUACGACAGCGCUCGCCACGGGACUGGGGUAUUUGGGGAAGCUGAAUUUCUCGAAUAUCAGCAAGCUCUCAACGAACUGGCUGAUGUGGUGAAAGCCUAUUCCAGCAGCACCAGUCUGGACCAGCAUCACCAGUCUGCAGCCAAGGACCUGACAGGCUCUCCUGUCCGGAGCACUCCCUCCACCAUCCAGGUCACCUACCUACCCUCCACUGGCCAGCGCAGCAAAAGGCCCAAGCACUUUCUGGAGCUCAAAAGUUUCAAAGACAACUACAACACCCUGGAGAGCACCCUGUGAGAGGUCGCUGCCAAUAAAUGUGUGCUUUAUGGAAGCAUGUGUGCACCAGGAAACAACCAACUAUAACUCUAGCUUUCAUUAUGAGUCUUUCCCACAAGUUGGAUAUUCAUUUUUAUUACAGUAUGCCACACAACAUUUUUUAGGUAGUUUUAAAGAAUGACAUAGAAAAACAAAUGUCCACUUUAGUUGUUCAAAACUUGCUGAAGCCCUUAUGUACACCGAGGGCCUUUUUUUUCCUUCAUAUUUUGGACCUAAUGAGCGUGUGUAGAGGACAUGUGAUUGUAGCCAACCUGAGUUUCCAUAGUCAUUUUUUGUAAAAACAGCAAAGUUAAUGGCCAGUUAUCUGGAUUCAUUAUUAUUUUUCUCAAAUUGUAAAUAUGUGUGUAUAUUUUGACUGCGUUUGUACAGAUGCAAAAUAUUUAUUUAAGGACAUUAAUUGAUUUAAUUGACAUUGUGUGAUUUUUAUUUAUGUGAGGUUUUACACUUUAGUGAUUUGAGAUAAAAGCAUUAC